AUGUCAGCCCGGCGAGGCAGGCUAUCCUCCAACCUUGACAAAGAAGUCUAUCAAGUGGUUCGCAGGAUCUUGGACGAACGAGCUCAGUACGACAAUAGUGCGCCUUCAUCUAAAACGCUAAAUUUCGCUCAGAUCUACGAUGAAAUCCGAAAUUCGAAUUCGAGUUUGAACCGGAAGCCUAAGAAAUUGCUCGAGGACAGUGUCGCACGCGUGCUUGACACGAUUCGCGCCGAUGAAGAUGCCGAGCAGGAUGAGUCGGACGAGAUUUUAGACGUGCCUGAGACUGCGCAAAGGGACAGUACAGUCGCCAGGACAUCAAAUGGCCUCAAUAGAAGUAUUGUCGGAGCUUGGUCUUCAAACAAUGGCGCGCCAUCGCGAUCUGGCAGUGCAGCCUCGAAUCCGGAGCGUAAACCAAGAGAACGAGAGCAGGGACGAGAUCGGCAGGUAAAUGGCGAGCCCGUACCGAAGAAGAGAAAGAUUGAGAAAGAAAGAAUCAUUGACAAAUCAUAUCCUACUCAUGUCUCUUUCGACGACAUGGGAGGCGUAGAGCCGGUAGCAAAAGAGCUCAUUCGUCUUCUUGCACUCCCUAUGAAGAGGCCAGAGUUCUUUACAAGUCAGAGACUACAGCCUACAAGAGGCAUUCUCCUGCAUGGACCUCCAGGCUGUGGCAAGACUAUGCUGGCUAACGCUUUAGCAGCAGAACUAAAAGUGAACUUCAUCAAUAUCUCUGCACCGUCUAUAGUAUCAGGCAUGUCUGGCGAGUCUGAGAAAGCGCUUCGUGACCAUUUUGAAGAAGCAAAGCGAUCCGCGCCAUGUUUGAUGUUUAUUGAUGAAAUCGAUGCCGUGACACCAAAGCGAGAGAACGCGCAGCGAGAAAUGGAGAAGAGAAUCGUUGCUCAACUUCUGACUUGCAUGGACGACCUCGACCUUGCAAAGACUGAUGGCAAGCCAGUGGUAGUGCUAGCUGCCACCAAUCGUGUCGAUAGUCUCGAUCCAGCUCUACGUCGAGGUGGACGCUUUGACAAGGAAAUCAUAAUGCCUGUACCCAAUGAAAAGGUAAGGGAGCAGAUCUUGCGUUCUCUGACCAAGGAUUGGAACCUCAGUGAUGAUAUUGACUUUCAAAUGCUUGCUGUGCGAACACCGGGCUGCGUGGGAGCUGAUUUGAGAGAUCUUGUGAAUACUACUGUGAAUGUAGCGAUCAACCGAUAUCUCGACACUGUCGAAGAAAUUGCAGCACGGGAAGAUAGCACUUCAAAAACAGAUGGAGCUGCUGGAAACGACAUGGAUAUCGAUUCUCUACCCACAAGCGCGAACAAUUCCUCCCAUCACAAUGUCCAUCCAGACCUUCAGUCCUCACGACGAAUUCUAAGCUAUUUGAGUUCUCAUUCAACAUCAUCUACAACCACCUCAGAAACACCCACUUCCAGCCUUCCAAACCUCCCAACAAACACCCUAAUCACCUCCACUGACUUCCUCACCGCCCUCCCUCGAAUCCAACCCUCCGCCCUCCGCGAAGGCUUCGCCACAACCCCUUCCACAACCUUCGCCGACAUAGGCGCCCUCCAAUCCCACAUCGACACCCUCAAAAACACCCUCAUCCGUCCCAUCAUCUACCCCUCCCUCUUCGCCUCCCUCGGCCUCCGCAGCACCGCCAGUGUUCUCCUCUGGGGUCCACCAGGCAACGGUAAAACCCUCCUCGCAAAAGCAGUCGCCAACGCCUCUCACGCAAACUUCAUCUCCGUCAAAGGGCCCGAACUCCUCAACAAAUACGUCGGAGAGAGCGAACGAGCCGUACGCACAUUGUUCUCGCGAGCACGCAGCAGCGUUCCCGUAAUCAUCUUCUUCGACGAGCUGGACGCGCUAGUUCCGCGACGAGACGGCAUGAACAGCGAAGCGAGUAACAGGGUCGUCAACACUCUCCUCACUGAACUCGACGGCGUCGGCGCAAGCAGAGAGGGUAUCUACAUCAUCGCCGCCACUAAUCGUCCCGACGUCAUCGAUCCAGCCAUGCUACGCCCCGGUCGUCUCGAAACCCUCCUCUACGUCGGCCUGCCAGGCGAAGAAGAUCGAGUCGACAUCCUAAGAACGCUCUGCAAACGCUUUGAAACCCUCGAAUUCUCGGAACAGCUAGCCGAGUUGGCGAGGAGUUGCACGCGCUUCAGUGGUGCGGAUCUGGAGAGUCUUGUGCGACAGGCGAGUUAUGCUGCUAUUGAUCGGUUUUGUAGGGAGAAUGAAGCAGCGAAUGUACCGAGUAAGGGAGGUGCUUUGAUUACGUUGGAGGAUUUUCGGGUGGCUAAGGACAAGGUGCAGCCAAGUGUGAGUGCUGAGGAGCAUGUGCGGUUCAAGGUGUUACAGGAGAAACUUGGUGGGAAGGGCUGA